AUGAGCGCUCCGAUAAUCAUUACUGUGCCUAAUAAUUAUCUGGCGGUGGAUGAUAUGGAGUCGAAGGUGGUUGUCGAUGUGUCUCCUGGUCCACCGUCCAGGAAGAGGAGGCUGGACCAUCUAACAUGGGAAGAAAAGAUGCAAAGGAAGAAACUCAAAAACCGAGUUGCUGCUCAGACAUCGCGGGACCGAAAGAAGGCGAAAAUGGAUGAAAUGGAGGGCCGUAUCAAGCACUUCAUGGACAUGAACGAGCGGCUACUUGGCGAGGUGGAGAACUUAAAAGCGAUGAAUGAGCGGCUUCUGAGUGAGAACUCAGCCCUGCGCGAGGCGGCGAGGAGCGUCGCGGCGGCCCCGAGACCAGCAGAGUCUCAACCUCAGCAGAAGGUGGGGCCCCUGUCGGCACUCAACGCGGCUCGUCUAGUGAUGCUGAUGUAUGUGCUCUCUCAGAACUCCUGCAACACCUGGACUCCCCAGAGUAUUUGGACACCCUCCACCAACUUGCAGAUCAAUUACUCCAAGAAAUUGAUGGAAAAACUGCAGGAGAAGCUGCCGAUGAUAAAGCCAGCAGCAAUCGACAUUGUCCUGAAGGAAAUGAAGUGGUGGGGUCCGCAGCAGAACAACUGGAACCCAGUCAAAGUAGAGACAUAG